CGGUAGAAAGAGCCGCCCGCUCCUCGCCGUUCUCGGGCUGCGCGUGGCGCCCCGCAGGAGGGAGGGGGCGGGCUGCGCUGGGCCACGGCGUGCCCGGCACGCGCAAAAGGAGCCGCUCUGCCGCCAGUGCCGCCUGGAUGUCAGAGGCUCCUGGCGAGCCGGCGGCCAAAGGCGCUCUGCAGCAGCAGCUGGAGGGAGGAGGAGGACGACGACGAGGACGAGGAGAAGGCGGCAAGAGAGGAGACGACCCCGCGCACGGAGCUGGGACGCCGCAGCCGGCUCGCCCCGGCCAUGGCCUCCAACUUUAACGACAUAGUCAAGCAGGGCUAUGUGAAAAUCCGCAGCAGGAAGCUCGGGAUUUUCAGAAGGUGUUGGUUGGUUUUCAAGAAAGCCUCAAGUAAAGGACCUAGAAGGCUAGAAAAAUUUCCAGAUGAAAAGGCAGCAUAUUUCAGAAAUUUUCACAAGGUAACUGAGCUGCACAACAUCAAAAACAUAACCAGACUGCCUCGAGAGACAAAGAAGCAUGCAGUGGCAAUUAUCUUUCAUGAUGAGACAUCAAAGACAUUUGCCUGUGAGUCAGAGCUUGAGGCAGAAGAAUGGUGCAAACAUCUUUGUAUAGAAUGUCUAGGAACCAGGCUUAAUGAUAUAAGCCUUGGUGAACCUGAUCUACUUGCUGCUGGAGUACAGAGAGAACAAAAUGAGCGCUUCAAUGUUUACCUAAUGCCUACACCAAAUUUAGAUAUCUAUGGAGAAUGUACAAUGCAGAUUACACAUGAAAACAUCUAUCUCUGGGAUAUACACAAUGCUAAGGUGAAGCUGGUGAUGUGGCCUCUCAGUUCUCUGAGAAGAUAUGGGCGGGACUCAACAUGGUUCACUUUUGAAUCUGGAAGGAUGUGCGACACAGGAGAAGGGCUGUUCACCUUUCAGACAAGGGAAGGCGAGAUGAUCUAUCAGAAAGUCCAUUCUGCAACACUGGCAAUAGCUGAACAACAUGAAAGAUUGAUGAUGGAGAUGGAACAAAAAGCACGGCUCCAGACCAGUUUGACUGAACCUAUGACAUUGCCCAAGUCAAUCUCGCUUCCUCGUAGUGCAUACUGGCAUCACAUCACCCGGCAGAACAGCAUGGGAGAAAUCUACAGUUUACAAGGUCACAGCCUCAGCUCAACAAAAGUGACUCGUGCACAGACAUUUCCCAGCUACACCUCAGAGCAGGAUGAGGAGCACGGGCCACGCAUGUCACUGUCUAGCAGCUAUGGAUUCAGCUACAGCUCAGGCCUCAUCCAAUGACACACACCCUGUGUCUAACCAGAGAGACAGUCUAGUGCGAAAACUGCCUGUAGGCCCUGGGAGCCACUUGCCGUUCCUCGGUGUCUGCAGAAGACAAGCCGUAGUGAAAACUGAGGACACAUGUCUCCAGGUUGCAACAGUGGAGGUGAAAUCUUGGAUCACUGCUUCCCUGAGGCAGAGUCUAAGUGUUUUAUUUAUUUAACUUUUGUAUUUGGUUUUGUCCAUAUGUUUUGUUUUUUUCAAAAAAAGAAAAAUGUGAAGAAAAAGAAAGAAGAAUUCCCUUUGCAGUGCUGAUGGUGUGCGGCUGAAGUUUCUGCACAACCACAGACACUGCCUGAUUGGGGGAGCGGGGAGCAAAACACUAUGUCUUCAAUGUGAGGCUCUUGUCGAUCAAUUAAGUUGUCAAACUUGCUCAUCCAUGACAGUAGCCACCUUUAUAUCCUAGGCAUCAGUCCACCAGCUGAGUCAUUCUUGCAGAAAUGGUACCAGGCAAACAAAAUUUGAAAUAUACUUCAGAAGGAAGUAUGCAGUCCUAUUACCAAUUAUGCACAGUUUAUUCCCAUUGACUUCAAUGGGAUUUAUGCAUGGGAUUUAGGACGGUAGCCCAAAGUGGAAUUUCUGAGGAGGCACCAGUGACUCUUAAUCAGGUUCUCAUCACUAAAGUUAAUAAACAAGAUAGAUAUAGAGAUAGAUACUGUCAAUGGGAUGGCAUGGCGGUGCUUAGUAGCCUUUCAGAAAAUAGAUUGUGUUGUGUGUUAAGAGGUCAUAUGCCUAGAAUAUUUCCCACACUGAAUUUUAUGCCCAGAUUCUGCUGUUGUGUACUCUGAACCUAAUAAUCCAAAACUUCCCAUUGGGGAGAUAUCAAGGGAAGACUGUCACAAAACACUGUCAAAGUCUUCCCAUUGUAGAUAAUAUUUAAAUAGUGAAGUCUGAAUUUAUAGUCAGUAUACUUUUAAUUCUGUAUACUGUGCAGGUGAGAAAAUUGAUAUUACAUUGCUGGGCAGCAGCCCAAUUUCCAUAUACUUUUAUAGGGCAAGAUGCUUGGGCUGGAAGAAAUAACUACAAUUUCAAGUUCUGUUCUUAUUAUUCAAGUCCUCUUAGUUAAUAUGGAUUUGUUCUCUUUGUCAACAUUAAUUUUGUUCUAGAUUCCUUGUCUGGUGUCUAACUCUGCUAUACAACCAUAGGUUAGUCAUGAUUAAAUUUCACAGCCAUUUGUCUCAUU